CGAGCGCUGUCAAACGGCGAGACCUCAAAGCUCACUGAAAGGUCAACAUAACCUAACCUUGACAGAACAGAACACUGAAAGAAAGCAGAAACCUUUCCUCUUGUAAGCGUGGAAUUUGAUUGUUUUGAUCAUGGCAUCCAAAGGUGCGACCCGUGACAUUAUUCCUGCCCUUCAGAAAUUUAGAACUUUCCUUCUGGGAGGACGAACUGGCCCCAACUACCUACGGUUUGAGGGUAGGAUCGCUAAACGGUCCCAGCCCCAGCCCAAUCUACCUGAUGGACCCCAUGCCAAACUGUCAGCUAACUACUAUUACGAUCGAGAUGCAAGGCGAAUCCUGAACCCUCCUCUUCUGAUUGCCAGCGAUCAGAAGCUUAUCUCACCCCCUGCGUCGGAGCAGCCUCGCAAGUACCGCACACCAGGCAAAACAUAUGCUUGGGAUGCUCCUUUUUAAUCAAUGACAGCUGUACAUAAGUGUAGAAAAUGUGAUCUACUGUAAAUUUACCCGCAAUGUAUAAUUAAAAUUAUUGAUAAGCUUUCA